CCAUUUUUGCUGCUUCAAAAAGACUCUCCGCCCCCAAGAAUGUCCAGAAAGAAGUCGGAAAAAUUUCGCCUUAGCGUGACCAAACAUGGCGAGGAGGACGUCGAGAUGGAGUUCAUCCCCCAGGCUGGCGACGGAGACGGCGGAGCGCUCGAGGGCGAAACGUUGGCCGAGCAAAACUCCGAACCCCAUCUGGUGGAGACCGACGACGGGCGGUUGAUCAUCAACAUGACGCCGGGCCUCACGUGCACCGUGUGCCAGAAGGCCUUCGCCACGGCCAACGGCUUGGCUCGGCACAAGAAGGAUGUCUGCGACGCGCAAUCCGGUCCACCCGAAGAGGACGUGUUGGAUUUAGAGCGGAAAGCGGCCACCCGGGCCAAGCCCGGCGAGGAGUUCUUCAAGUACUGCGAUCCGAACCCGGAGAACCCGUGCUACUGCUGCGGAGAGGACAUUUCCACCGCCCACACUGGCCACAUCCGGUGCAAGCUCUGCCCAAAGUCGUUCAAGGCGUACGAGUACAUGGAGCGCCAUCUGGCGUCGGUUCACGCCGAGGACGACACGUUCGCGUGUCCGCAGUGCAACUCCAAGUGCUCGUCGGCCAAGGUCCUGAACGAACAUCUGCUGACCCACAGCGAGGGCAAGCCGUUUUCGUGCUUGCGCUGCAGCAAGGACUUUACCCGGAAGUACCACUUGGAGCGCCACUUGAACCAUUCAAACUGCGGCGACAAUCCGAAACAUAUGCAACCGUGCGAAGUGUGCGGCAAGGAGUUUGCCCGGCUCGACAAUCUGAGGGAGCAUUUGCGGUUCCACAUGGGCCAGGCCAACCGGAAGCGCGACUACCAGUGUCCGUACUGUCCCAAGUCGUUCUACGGGUCAUCGCUGUUGAACAUCCACAUCCGUACUCACACUGGAGAGAAGCCGUUUCCGUGUGACUUGUGUACGAAGUCGUUCCCGUCAACGGGAGCGUUGAGGAAGCACCGCAGAAGCCACACCGGCGAGCGUCCCUAUCGUUGCGAUCAGUGCUCGGCUACGUUUGCGGCUCGGGAAACGCUGAACAGACAUCGCAAAACUCACACUGGCGAAAAACCCCACGAGUGCACAAUCUGCCACAAGGGCUUCAUCCAGGCUUCCCAGCUACGCUCGCACAUGUUCAACCACACGGGCGAGGGCGGCUUCGACUGCGAACAGUGCGGGGCAACGUUUAGCCGCCGAACGCGCCUUACCGAGCAUGUCAAGUUCGUGCACAAGCAGGAGCAGAUGUUGCCCUGCCCCACCUGCGGGAAGGAGUUUGUGCGCAAGGAGGAUCUGCAGCGCCACCAGGACACGCACGCCGAAAUUAAGAACUUUGAAUGCUCCGAGUGCAGCAAACGGUUCGUGUCCCGGACGGCGCUCAACACGCAUCUUAAGGUGCACAUCGUUGAGGAGCCGGCAAAGUGUACCAUUUGCAACAAAGAGUUUUUGCGCAAGGACUGUCUGACUCGGCACAUGAGAAGCAAGCACCGCGACGAGUACUACAUGAAGGAAGAAGCGGAAGAUACCAAACCGGAACAGAUAACUCCGGACGAAGGUGCGGCAUCACCGGUCGAGGUCGAGGAAGAUCCGCACGUGCUCGAGAUCGACGGCGAGGUGUACCAAAUUACCCCACUGGAAGAGGUUCACAUCGUUCGUAUCAACUCGAGCGACGAACGCGCUCCCGGAGCAGCCACCGUCAAAACCGAGGAAAAUAAAAAGACCAAAAUGCUCGAGGUGGUCGACAUUGUUCCGUCGCCGACCAAGGAGAUCAAAUCGAAGGUUGUGACGGUGAAGCCGGCCAAGAAGAAGGAACCUGCGGAGAAGAAGCCCAAAAGAAUUAAAACCAAUGAGUUUGUCCUUCCUCUUCCUCCUCCUCCGGCGGUUAAGGAGAAGGUCGUCCCGGCGAUGGUGGUACUGCCGGCGCGGACCCUCGUCGUCGCCAAAGAGCCGAAGGAGCGCAAGAAGCGCAAGCCGAACGCCGAUUCCGACGGCGGUGACUUCCGCAAGACCAAAAUCAAAAAGGAAAAGCAAGACGAUUCCGUGCCCAUCUUCCUGAGCGACGCUUCGCUCAAACAGAAAAUCUCCGAGCUGCUUUGUCUCCUCAUCGACGAGGAAAUGCUCGAGGAGUUUGGAUGGCCCAAGGCCCCCGUCGAGGACGUGCUCAGCAACGUAAUCGUUCGCUGUGGCCACAAGCCGGCCCGGGACGAGGAAGAUAUGGGCGGCGAUGUGACCACCCGGAUGCGGGAAAACACCAAGAUUCUGUUUGCGCUGACGAUGGACGACGACAACAUCAAGACGCUGCUCAACAAUCACACCGUCGACGAGGUCAUUAUGAACGUGCUGAAGACUAAGUAAGUGUCGGGGGGGUUUUGAAAGGGAAGAUUCGCCACAAGUGCAAUUAUUAAAUCCUUCCAAAGGCGGGGACACCGGAAAUCAAGUGGCCUUUGUUUACAAGUUAAGGUUUAAAAUAUUUUGGUGAAUUGGUUGUACUAAUUAUAAGCAUAAAUAUAUUUUAAUUUGAAACUAGAA